UGACCACGGAUAUCCGAGUGUCGGCUGAGUUGACCGCAGUAGUACGGUUCAGGAGAAAAUUCCGGCAAUUACACUGUCACAAUUUCACGGAAAAUGAAAAUAUAUGGAGUCAUUUGAGACCCAUGCAUUUUCUCCCAUAGUUGGCAGGCAGGUGUUUUCCCUUCAGCCAGGCGUUGCACCGGGAAAGUGUUUAAUCUAGCCCCGCCGCAGGCUGCCGAUGUAGCAUGAAUGCUAGCUAAUUAACGUUAACUUAAUGCACGACGCGGACAUUAACGUUUUAUCUAUCCGUAGGAGCACCGUUAACGGGCUUUUUAUUGUAUGGCUUGACGUCGGCGGCCUCAUUGGUGUACACAGUACACACGUCGCCCCCAUAAGUCCACGCUCUAGACACCAACUCUGAUGUGACUGUUCGUGUUAGCUAGCAUGACCGUACGUGCAUCGUUAAAGGAAAACUCGCGGAUAUUGAUUUUUGAAACUCGAAAUUUAUUUUCCAGUUUUGAGUGUGGUGGAACAGUUCUUCGGCGAUUUGGCUGAUCAAUUUAUAUGCACCAUGGGGCAGAAAACCUGCUGUAGAUUAGCUUCUCCCGAUAGCACCGACCAGGGCACAGCUAGACGUGACCCCCUCCACACACACCCCGGCGGACACCGGGCCGGCAUGCCCUACACUCUCUCCGGCUUGCAGUCUCUGGUCCCGCAAUGUAACCCGUAAGUCCGAGGACAUAUUUUGGAAGCAGCAGUGAAUCCAUCAUGACAAGGUGUUCUGCCAGCUAUACAGAGCUCACGUGCAGACUGUUUUUAAUGCAGCGGUUGGCCAGCGUUCUCACUCAGAGAACCCCUGAAUCACUGAACGGUCACAGUGAAUAGUACAGUAUAGUUGAAGAAGCAUCGCUGCAGGAUAUCAUAACGGAGUUGCUUUUGGAUUACUUAGAUCUAGUCCGUGGAGGUCCUCAGUGGACACAGACCCUAGAGAACAAAUCCCUUCCUUGUGGUACCUGGACUCCAGUUGUACAGCUUUGAGAGGAGCUACUUUCAUCACAACACUCUCCGUUUUUUGUCAUCCCACCAAGUGGAACAAUUUGUUGACCUCUGACCUGGAAGCCUGAGCAAGAGUCAAUUUUACAGUUAGCUAUGCUUCUCACUAAAAAAGAUAAAGCUCGAGCGAUUGGGCUCCUGGAGGAGUUCUGCACUAAACUGAGGAGGCCGGAGGAGCAGCAGCUCAGAACUGCUGUUCUCAGAGUAAUGGGGAUUUUCAAAAGCAACUUGUUCAAAGCUCUUCUUGAUAUACAGGAGUUCUAUGAAGUGACCCUGCUAAACACACAGACGAGCUGUGAACAAAAACUGGAGGAGGUCAACUGCAUGGCGGACAAGUGGGAGCAGAGUGUUUCUUUACCAAUGUCAGAGCUUGCCUCUCCAAUGGAGAAGCAGAUGGAGCAGAGCAUCUUAGAAUCCAGCAGGAUUGCAAGGAGAGAGAUUAUUGCCAUGACGUCUGAGCAGUACCACUACCAAGAAGACGACUCACCGCCUCUUGACCAGGGAUUUCCACGACUUACCAACGAGGUGUGCGCCCCUGAACUUGUGCACGUGUCCGAGAAGAACCUCUCUGAGAUUGAGAAUGUGCACGGUUAUGUGUCCCAUUCCCACAUCUCUCCUCUCAAGGCCAGCCCUGCGCCGAUAAUCGUCAACACAGACACUUUGGAGUCAGUUCCUUAUGUCAACGGCACAGAAAUUGAAUACGAGUUUGAGGAAAUCGCUCUAGAGCGGGGUAAUUCUGGGUUGGGCUUUAGCAUCGCUGGAGGCACAGAUAACCCACACAUUGGUGACGACCCGGGCAUCUUCAUCACCAAGAUUAUCCCUGGAGGAGCUGCAGCUGAGGACGGACGGCUGAGAGUAAACGACUGCAUCCUGCGGGUGAACGACUCAGACGUGUAUGAAGUCUCUCACAGUGAAGCAGUAGAAGCCUUGAAGGUUGCAGGUUCUAUAGUUCGGCUGUGUGUGCGCCGCCGCAGGCCAAUGCUGGAGACCAUCAUUGAGAUCAAACUCAUCAAAGGACCAAAAGGGCUUGGUUUCAGUAUUGCAGGUGGAGUUGGAAACCAGCACAUCCCUGGUGACAACAGCAUAUAUGUCACCAAGAUCAUUGAUGGCGGAGCAGCACAGAAGGAUGGUCUGCUAGAAGUAGGCGACCGGCUAUUAAUCACUGAAGUUCUGGCGAGACAGAUAUUGGACUGGGAUUGGACCCAUGGUUUUGCUACUCAGGCCAGUUGUUGGGUAAACAACUACAGUCUGGAGGAGCUGUCUCACGAAGAGGCUGUGGCCAUUUUGAAGAACACGUCGGACGUGGUUUACCUGAAGGUGGGAAAGCCCACCAAUGUCUGCCUAUCAGAUCCCUAUGGGCCUCCUGAUAUCACACACUUUUUCUCUCCAGCCAUGGAAAAUCAUAUCUCUUCCCCAGCCAACAGCGGCACUCUGGAGUACAAGUCUGGUCUCCCUACCAUCUCCCCUCAAAGUUAUUCCCCCCUCCUGAAGCACUUACUUGAAGAAGAUGAUAUAAACAGGCCUCCUGAGCCAGUUUACAGCACUUUGAACAAACUAUGUGACAAAGCACCCUCCCCCAGACACUAUUCCCCAGUGGACUAUGACAAAAGCCUCCUCCACUCUGCCCCCCUCCCAUAUCACUUAAGCCUGUUCCCUGACUCGGACUUCACCAGGGAACCCAGGAAGGUGAUGCUCCAAAAAGGCUCCACAGGCUUGGGCUUCAACAUCGUGGGUGGUGAAGACGGAGAGGGCAUAUUUGUCUCUUUCAUCCUUGCAGGUGGGCCGGCCGACCUGAGUGGAGAGCUGAGGCGAGGUGACCAGAUCUUAUCGGUAAAUGGCAUUGACCUACGAGGAGCCACACAUGAACAAGCAGCAGCAGCACUGAAGGGAGCUGGACAGGUGGUCACUAUCAUUGCCCAGUACAGACCAGAAGAGUAUGGGCGGUUUGAGGCUAAAAUCCACGACCUGCGGGAACAGAUGAUGAACCACAGCAUGAGCUCUGGGUCAGGAUCCCUGCGAACCAAUCAGAAGAGAUCGCUCUAUGUCAGAGUACUUUUUGACUUUGAAAAGUCAAAGGACAGUGGCCUCCCAAGCCAAGGGCUCAGCUUCAGAUAUGGAGAAAUCCUUCACGUCAUUAACGCCUCAGAUGAUGAGUGGUGGCAGGCCCGCCGUGUCACGCCACAUGGGGACAGUGAGGAGAUGGGUGUUAUCCCCAGCAAGAGACGGGUGGAGAGGAAAGAGCGAGCACGUCUAAAGACUGUGAAGUUCAAUGCCAAACCAGGCUCAUUGGAUUUAAAAGACUCAAUCAAUGACAAACGUAAAAAGAAUUUCAUCUUUUCGCGAAAGUUCCCAUUCUACAAGAACAAAGAGGGUGAGCAGGAUGGCAGUGAUUCGGACCGGAGCCAAGAGGAUGUAAUUCUCUCAUACGAACCUGUGAUGCGACAAGAAAUUAAUUAUGCCAGACCCAUCAUAAUCCUUGGGCCAAUGAAGGACAGAAUCAAUGAUGAUCUGAUAUCCGAAUUCCCAGACAAGUUUGGCUCUUGCGUGCCACACACCACUCGGCAGAAGAGGGACUAUGAGGCGGAUGGGCGAGACUACCACUUUGUGUCGUCCAGAGAGCAGAUGGAGAAUGACAUCCAAGAGCACAAGUUCAUUGAGGCGGGACAGUACAACGAGAAUCUCUAUGGAACGAGUGUCCAGUCUGUGAAAUAUGUUGCAGAAAGGGGGAAACACUGCAUUCUGGAUGUGUCUGGAAACGCCAUCAAACGACUACAAGUAGCACAACUCCAUCCCAUCGCCAUCUUCAUAAAACCAAAAUCUAUUGAUUCAUUAAUGGAUAUGAAUAAGAGAAUGACAGAGGAACAAGCCAUGAAGACAUUCAACAGGGCGAUGAAGCUGGAGCAGGAGUUUGGUGAAUUCUUCACAGCCCUGGUUCAAGGAGACAACUUAGAGGACAUUUAUAGCCACUGCAAACAUGUGAUAGAGGAACAUUCAGGACCCUUUAUCUGGAUCCCCUCCAAAGAGAAACUAUAAUAACUCAUCAACUUGUAAGGGAGCCUGGACUGUUAAAGACUACUAAUACGUUGUAACAUAUGAUAACUGUAUGGCGAUGACUUCAUAAAUAACUAUUGUGUUACAUGUGUAGUUUUUUCUCUUUUGUUUGAUUACUGCUUCUUUCACUCAACAUGAAUGUUCCUGAAUGUAUUCCAAAAAGUGUUACGGAGAUUGAGGUCUUGUAACAUAAACUGUUGACUCUUAUUUGGACACAGAGGAAAAGAAAUGUGAUGAAAGCUACGUAAUAUGGGGAGUUUGCACACAUGGAUGGUGUUUGAGCUGGAAAAGAGGUACAGUUCAGACAUCUUUUCUUUGCUAACAGAAGAAAGCAGGUAUUCCAACUGAGACACCCUUUUCCAACAACUAGCAAACAGCUAGCAAAGAAUCAUGUGAAGUUCAAUGUUUUCUCAGAUUUUUCCCAGAACACACCUUUGCUUUGUGUUUGUUUACAGCAUCUUUUCCUUUUAUAUAUCUGACAUUACAAUGAAGAUUUGUAAUGAAAAUGUUUGUUGUAAAACUCUCAUUGAGUUUUAUUUUUAUUUCAUUUAAAAGCACAUAACUCUUCCCACUGUUGCAAUGAUUAAAGUAAAAAAGCUGCUAUUGGCAACAAAGAUGUAACACAAUUUUGUGCUACUUAAAUGGCUGGGAGGCACAAAAGCACAGAAUAAUUUAUUGUUGAAACAAACUUUGAAAAAAGGUCAUUUACAGCAUGUUUUAUUUGAAUUAUUUAGUAUGUUGUCAAUGUUUGGGUCGAUGAGAAUAUCAACACGAAAGCGACUGUUCUAUAUUAGAUUUCGAGUGGAAAGGCUCAAAUGUUAAUUAAAUUUAAUACUCACAAUUUAGUUCAAAACAAUAAUGAAAGAACGCAUCCUUUAUUAAUCUCUGUGGGGGAAAUAUUCUCUGCAUUUAACCAAUCCCACAGAGUGGGAGCAGUGUGCUGCCUUAAAGGCGCCCGGGGAGCAGUCAUCGGUUACGUGCCUUGAUCAAGGUCAUUUGACACAGGGCAUGUGGCGGACCGGUUUCGAACUGACAACCAUGUGGUUGCUGGUGCAAUCACCCUACAUGAAGUAUGCAAUGCGGAGAAACGGUGACUGAACAGCCCUUUGAAGUCACACCUAGCCAGGCAACAAUGUUCAGCGGAACUGCAGAGAGGACCAAAAUCCUCAGAGACCCAGGAGGCCUGAGUACAGCUCUCUCAGACUUAUUGUAGGAAUGGGUGAGCCCUGACAAUAUGAGCUGAAUCCAUCAGUUUACUCAAAGGUUUACUCAGCGGUUCAAUCACCGGUUUAAUGACCAAUUUGCCCACUGGUUUACCCAAUGGUUUACUCAGCGGUUUCCUCAAAGGUUUACUCACCAGUUUACACACCGGUUUACCAGCUAGUUUACUCACCAGUUUACUCACUAGUGGCAUGCCUUGUUUGAAAAGGCAUAAAGUAGAACAGUACCUCGCUUUGUUAAACAUCUAAAUCCCUUAAGUACUUAAAGCACUCCAAAGGACUAAUGCAUCUACCAGCCUGAUAAUCUUCCUGUCCAGUUAUACCGCAACGCUAUUGGCCGAUAGAUUACCAUGACAAAAAACUGUCGAUGACAGCCUGUAUAUUGUAGAAUUCCUGCAAUUUGAUCUAGACAGCAUCGUUUAGCCAACUUGUUAAGUGGAAAUAAAUAUAGUAGUCACAUUGAAUGUUAGUAUGUUUCUAAUCCAAUCAAAUCAAUCAAAGUGCACUUAUUCAUUGUUUUCAUUGACAAAAAGAGGAACCGUAUUAUAAAAAGAGUGGAAUUCAAUUCAUAAAGCUAAUAUAAUUUAAAAGCAUUAGUUAUACUGUAUAAUGGCACCGUGCAAUGUGAAAAGACCCCUGACCUGUUUGUAUGGACCACAUGCUCUUCUAUAGUACGCUAAGCACUUCAAUUACACCGAUAGGUAGGUGUUGCAAUCAAUUGUCUGAGAUUAGUGGAUGAUGGGGAAAAAACACUGAUGUGGGAAGAUCAACACUAACGUUUCCUUUUGCAAUAUGUUUCAAAAUGAAUACUAUCAUUUUUUUUGUCCACUUGACUUCAACAAUCAGGGCCCCUAGCCUGUUUUGUGUCUUGGGCUUCAAAAAUGUCAUACCUAAAAAUAUAAGAAAUAAUAAAAACUUGAUUUUAAAAAGUU